AUGGCGUCACAGUCAUACUAUGAACUCUACCGAGGAAGCAGUAUUGGGCUCUCCCUGACCGAUACGCUGGACGAUCUAAUCAACGAUGGUCGCAUUGAGCCGCAGCUCGCUAUGAAGAUCUUGUCGACUUUCGACCGAGUCAUCACAGAAGUCCUGGCGGAUAACGUGCGUGCCAGGUUGACCUUCAAGGGCCACCUAGAUACGUAUCGCUUCUGCGACGAAGUCUGGACCUUCCUAAUCAAGGAUGUCACCUUCAAACUCGAUAACCAGUCUACGGUACAGGCGGACAAGGUGAAGAUCGUGAGCUGCAAUAGCAAGCGCCCGGGCGAGACGUAGACGGCUGCCAUGAUGUAACGAUAUAUUCCUUCUACUUCAUUCACCAGGCGUUCGAUUCUUGCUAUUCUUGCUCUUCAGCAGGACCAAGGUUGCUCAUGGAUAAAGUUGAAUCGGCUCUCACGAGUCACUGUUUUGCCGGCGUUUGGGGUUGUACCAUCUAGCAAAUAUACUGCAGCUUUUCAUAUUAAAAAUCAGAUACCCAC